GUUGGACAGGGGCGUGCCGAGCAGGCACAGAUUGAGCGAGAUGUCGCCCCGCAGGGAGAAGUGACCCUCCUGCGCCUGGACGGAACAGCAAUUUCACUUCAAUAUAGAUGACCAUGCUGCCUGCAAUUCAAGUGUGGUUUGGAGAAGACCUGCCUCUAAGUCCACGGAGUCCUCUGACCCCCAGACAUGGGCCAGGUUUGGCUGAUGUUUGUCAGUAUGAUGAGUGGAUAGCUGUGAGGCAUGAAGCCACCCUGCUGCCCAUGCAAGAAGAUCUGUCAAUCUGGUUAUCUGGUUUGUUAGGUGUUGAAGUUAAGGCAGAAAGGUUAUUGGAAGAACUUGAUAACGGAGUACUGUUAUGCCAGCUGAUUGAUGUUCUUCAGAACAUGGUGAAAACAUGCAACCCUGAAGAACCAGUGAAUUUUCCAAUGAGAAAAGUACCCUGUAAGAAAGAUGCUGCAUCAGGUUCAUUCUUUGCUAGAGACAAUACUGCGAACUUUCUUCACUGGUGCAAGCGCAUUGGGGUUGAUGAAACUUACCUCUUUGAAUCUGAAGGUUUAGUUUUGCACAAAAAUCCAAGACAGGUAUAUCUUUGUCUUCUUGAAAUUGGUCGAAUUGUGUCAAGAUAUGGGGUUGAGCCACCAGUAUUAGUAAAACUUGAGAAAGAAAUUGAGCUAGAAGAGACCUUACUUAACACUUCUGGGGCUGAAGAUUCCAUCAGCAUUCCAAAAUCAUGCUGUCAGCAUGAAGAGCUGCACGAAGCUGUUAAACACAUUGCUGAAGACCCUCCUUGUAGUUGUUCUCAUCGAUUUUCUAUUGAGUACUUAUCUGAAGGACGGUAUCGACUAGGAGAUAAAAUACUUUUUAUAAGAAUGCUUCACGGAAAACAUGUCAUGGUGCGUGUCGGUGGAGGCUGGGAUACUCUUCAAGGAUUUUUGCUUAAAUAUGACCCCUGUCGAAUAUUACAGUUUGCUACACUGGAACAGAAAAUUCUGGCAUUUCAGAAAGGAGUUUCUAAUGAGAGUGUGCCUGAUUCAUCCACCAGAACACCUCAGCCUCCCGAAAUGAAUCCUUUGUCAGCAGUUAGCAUGUUUCAGAAACAGAAUUCAAAACCUGGCACACCAGUUGGUAUUCCAAGGAGCAGAGAGAAGCAGGUACGUGUGCCAGGUGUGUUGCCACCGGCAUCUUCCCUGAAAGGAGGUAAUCUGGCCUCUGGGUCAGUCCGUUCUAAAUUGCCAAAUUCUCCAGCAGCGUCCUCUCAUCUCAAACUCAGAUCUUCAAAGGGCAUAACAAAGAAACCACAGGCUCCUUCAAACAAUGCAUCAUCUUCACCUGCUUCUUUAAAUCGAGUAGGUGAAAGCAGUUUUUCACCAGCUUUAUCAAGAACUGCGCCUUGUGUAUCUGAGUCAUUGAGAAAGUGUACCUCAUCACCCAGUACUCCUAAGGCCAAGCUUAUUCCAGCCCAGAAGUCAAGAAAUGUGCCUGAAUCUAUACUUUUGCCGAAUAAGUGUCCUGGAAAAACUGAACCAAAGCAUUUGAAGCACAAGCAUGUGUCUUUCAGGGAUCAUGCAGUCUCUCCCUCAGCUGCACACUUAGCUUCAUCAUCAAAGUGUCCAAAGCCACCUGAGGCAAAUCUGCACGUAAGGCCUAACCCUUCUUCUUUCCAGUCUCCUGCAAAAGUGACAACAUCCGGUUCCAAAACCGUAACCACGGGUCUGGGAACACAGCCUCAGCCACGUGUUGGAGCUCUUCAGGCGGGGGCGAUUCCAGCACAGAAACUUAAGUCAGCCUUGAAUUUAAACCAGCCACUUUCUGUAUCCUCAGUUGCUCCUGCAAAAGCUGCACAGAAAUCGAAAGAUAAGAAUAUGGUUUCAGUUGCCAAAAAGCAGCCUCAGAAUAAAAGCAUGUCCCAGAAGACAGGCCCCAGCUCCUCCAGGUCCCCGGGCCGUACCCCGCUGUCCAUUGUGAGUCUUCCCCAGUCUUCUGCCAAAAAACAGCUGGAACCAAAGUCACCACAGACUGCCACCAAGAGCCCGUGCUCAGCCAAAGGGCCUCCCAAAAGUGGCAAAGCCCUGGCCUCAACCAGGAAGCCACCCUUAUCUGGCAAGGAGGCAGGCAGUGGGGAUAAAACGCCUCCUGCAAAGAAAACGGAAGACGAUGAUCGUUAUUUUGUCAUGACUGGAAGUAAGAAACCUAGAAAAUAAAUAUAACUGUCAUUCAGAGGAAAGAGAGGGAGUGACUGUGUUAGUUUCACAUCUUAAACGUUUCUCUUAUUUGUGUUUAUCCAGAUAGGUUCAGACAUUAAGUACAAUAAGAGAAAGGUAGAGCUUGGGGUGAGGAGAGGGCUUAUCAGAAUUCACAUGCCUGAAUCCACCAGAAGGUACCCUUUGGAGGCGGACAGUGGUAAAGUCACCAGGGGGUUCUUCUUAGCUAUAGACAUUUAUAUGAUUUUCAGUCCAUGACAUUUUUGUAAUGUCUACCCAUUAAAGGAAAUGUAAAGUCAAAUAACACUACUAGGGUUAUAACUAUAGUUGCUGUAUUUUGAAUAUGUGUUAAACAUGGAGGUUGUUACCUGCUGAUAGAAACAGAGGUGCUCUUAAUAUGUUAUUGCAUUUUAGUUUAAAAGCAACGGUUUGGCACUUGCCUUACAGAAGGCACCUAAUUUAGUUUCCUGAUCAGGAUUGCCUGAUGAAACAAUACUAAGUACUGAUGGCUGCUGCUCAUCAGCUUGCUGUUACCCUGGGUUUGGUAGAAUUGUUAUUACUUACAAUUUUUUUUAAGCUUUCCAAAUCAGAAGGAACUGAUUUUUUGAUUGACUUAUAUUAACAUUGGUAAUAUUUUGUUACCAAUAUUUUUGGUAAAAAAAUAAAACAAAUUAAGUUAUUUAAAUAUAAAUAGAAAUUUGGAAAAGAAUUUUUUCACAUAUUAUUUAUAAGAACUUAAACCUUAUAUUUUAGAUGAUCAUUGUGCAAUGUGAAAGGGGAAACUAUUUCGUAGCUUUCAGCAUAUUAGAAAUAUUUUUUAAUGUUAUUUUCUUUGAGUGCUGAUAUCAAUUUUUACAUUAAAAUAAUGUUUAACGUCAGAAUGAUGUUUUAACAAUCUUAAAAUUAAGGUGAUAUUAAAGAAUAUUAAAUUGGUGCUGCAUAAAAAAUUGUAUCAUGUGAUUGUCAUUUUCCUUUAGCACAAUAAUACCAGUUUUAAUUAGUUUUCCAAUUAUUUUAAUUUUCUUUAAUAAAGUCAUGCUGCUGUCAAUUUCCCAAUGGCAAGUGGACAGUGUAUAUGCAGCAUUUUCUGUUCUGUAGGCAGAUUCUCCGAGGAAUUUACCCAGAUCAUGUAAUGACUACAUAGACUCCAUCAAUAUAAGAUGAUAUUUGUAAAUAAUAUUUUUUUAAGAGAUUGUGACUAUUUGAAAAAUUAUUAAUGUACUUUCAGAAGUUUUAGGGAUGUGUUUAAUAACUUCACAGUAUUAUCAGCUAUCACAGGUUAUUAUAUUCUGUAUUGACGUUUGUGUUUCCCUACGUUAAACUAAAACAUGUUUUCUAAAGAAAAAUAAUGCGGGACUUUGUAGGUGGCGCAGUGUUUAAGAAUCCGCCUGCCAGUGCAGGGGACACAGGUUCGAUCUCUGCUCCAGGAAGAUCCCACAUGCCGUGGAGCAACUAAACCCGUGUGCCACAACUAUUGAGCCUGUGCUCUAGAGCCCGUGAGCCACAACUAUUGAGCCCGUGUGCCGCAACUACUGAAGCCCACGUGCCUAGAGCCCGUGCUCCACAACAAGAGAAGCCACUGCAAUGAGAAGCCCACACACCACAACGAAGAGUAGCCCCUGCUCACCACAACUAGAGAAAGCCCAUGUGCAACAACAAAGGCCCAAUGCAGCCAAUAAAUAAAUAAAUAAAUAAAUUUAUUAAAAAAAAAGAAAAAUAAUAGUUCACACAAAUGUGCAAUCAUAGAAUAAGCAUCUUAAGCUGACUGCUAAUUCUUCUGGAUUAUAAACCAAGAAACCUCUGUGUAAAACCAAGCUAUUUUUUGUCUGAGAAAUACAGUUAAGAUCCAAGCUAUAUGCAGGCUGGUUUUUGAAAUAGUUGAUGCUUCUCUUCUUAAAAGAGACAGUCACCAAAUAUUUAGUUUAUCUCCACUAUUGAUCUGGGCAUUGAAGGAGAUAAUAUUUACAUCUUUGGAAAGUGAAGUCAGUGUUCAAGAAGUACUAAAACUUUACAUUUUUAGUGAUAAAUAUUUAAUGCAUCUUUCAAAGAGGAAGAAUUUUACCUUUAAGAAGGAAUUUAUUCCUUUGUAAGGCCAAACAAUACCUCUGUAUCAGUAACUUCAGGAAUAAAAGUAUCAUCUGGCAAUUCCAAGAACUGGGUGUUUUUUGAAAAAUUGUAGGUUAAUUCAUAAAUAGCCCUAUCUUCAUCAGGCUACUGAUAGUAGGAAUUUCCAAUUCCUAUAAUUCUGUUUUCAUUUCACACUUUGAUACAGUGAGAAUAUUCUUGAAAUACUCAUUUUAUCCAGUAUUCUUGAUCAGGGAAUUUCUCCAAUUAUUGGAUAAAUUUUUAUUUAUAUAUAGCUUAAUCUUCCAAAAGAAAGUUUUUUUUAAAAAGUAAGCAAUGACCGAAAGAUACUUUCUUCAAAUAUAUUUUGAAAUGCUCUUAAAGACCUAGUGUUUCUAAUUGUUUUUGCAAUUUUAAAAAUACAUUAUUGCAGUUGGAAAGAAAUUUUCAUUUCUUCUUAACAAUAGUGCAAGAUUUUUAAAGCUUCUUUUUAAUAUUUAAUAAAAUGAAUAUUAAGCUUAAAUUACUGAAGUAACUGAAGAAGAAAUAAUGUGUACUUUCAAGAAAGAAUAAAAUGUUUUUAUUUUUCAUUACUGUAAUUUGUUAACCUGACAAACAUAUCAAAUUAAUCUUCAGAGGAAAAUGAAAUGCUGGUUUUUUUUGCAUUGUUUGAGUUUACAGUAGGUGUUUAAGGCUUAUUUCUUCAAAAUGCUUUGAUGAAUUAGAUGAUCUCUAACUUUCCUCUCCACACUGAGUUUACAGUUCUUAAUGGAUAAGGGAAAUUUUUUGAGAAAAAAAUUACUGUUCCUUCUGCAGUGUAUAUCUGAUAUAAAAAUCUAUUACUUCUUUAAAAGGCUUCAGUAACAAGUUGUCAUGAUAUAGUCUUAUAUCCAGGUUUACAUACUGACUCCAUUUGAAUCCAAGUUUGUGUAUAUUUUCUUG